UUUACAAAAUGUUUUUGUCCUAAUUUCUCUCAUGCGUGACAAUUGCUCAUUUUGCGCCGGUUGAUACAUUUUCUGUUCUCCAGCUUAUCGCUUUCGUGCGUGCAAUCAAGGUCUGGACUGGUUUAGUUAAUCUUCUUGUAAAGGUAUUGUUUGAGACAUGGAGCCAAAGGGGAAUAAACCUGCUGGUCCCUUUGAGAGCAAAGUCCCUUCAGUCAAACUCCGCUAUAAGGCUGAUCUUUGCCUUCGCUGAAGGACUUGCAGGAGCAGGCUUCAGUGGUACCACACCAAGAUGAUAAACAUCAGCAUACUUCCUCAGGAGUUCCUGCCCUUCAGGGCAUCGGACCGUGUCCUGCAGCCAUUCUGGGAUUACCUGCUUCUACACCACCUGCCUCUCAUCUCGUCUCCUUUUUUCCAGGUCCUACUUGCCUUUUCCAGCUAUUUGCUUUUCAGUGUACCUUUUGCUUUGCUGGACCUCUUAGGAGAAAGGGUGCCUUUAUUUCAUCAGUACAAGAUCCAGCCAGAGAGACAGCCAACACUGGGAAUGAUGAUAAAGAGCUUCAUGACUGCUCUGUAUAACCACGUCUUCUUUGUCCUGCCAGCUGUAGUAAUUGGCAUGUUCAUCCUGCCACUGCCAGCACUGCCACAGGACGCUCCAACGCUGUAUGAGGUAUUUAUUGAUGGGUUGGCUGCACUGCUCCUCUUUGACACUCAGUACUACAUUUGGCAUUUCAUACACCAUAAGCAUUCGCAGCUUUACCGCUGGAUCCAUGCAGUCCACCACGAAUACAUUGCACCUUUCGCCUUGUCCACGGAGCAGCUCAGCAUCCCAGAGCUGAUGACAGUGGGACUGUGGAGCAACCAGGAUCCGAUACUUUUGAAGUGUCACCCACUGACCACAUGGUGCGUCACCGUUUUCAGCAUCUGGAUGUCUGUAGAGGACCACAUAGGCUACGACUUGCCGUGGAGCCUGAACCGCCUGGUGCCUUUUGGACUAAUGGGCGGUGCGCCGGCUCACGACAUGCACCACCAACGGCCGAGCAGCAACUACGCUCCCUUUUUCAGCCACUGGGACAGAAUCUUUGGCACCGCUGUACCCUUGAGGAAAAAAAUAAAAGCCAUAGAAAAUGACAAGUGAAGGAAAUAUUGUAAAUGUAAAUACUGCCAAUUUUCUUCAUGUCUUGGCGCCUUCUCUUUGUGAAUCUCUUAUUUUUCUAACUUUAUUUAAUGUUGUCUUAUUGACUGUGUGCCGCCUCCUUGCCGACAUGUUUCUCUGUGGAUUGACCCGAUUGAACACAGUUGUUCAAAUGUACAUUUUUUUUGUGGGUUUUCAUUCAAUAAAAGCAUCAUGUUGA